UUUGGAAUUUGUGUAACAUUGUGAUAUUCAUAUUGAUAUUUAUUAUAUAAAUUAUUUGGAAAAGUACAUAGAAGUUUAAAGUUUAACUAUAAUCUGUUAAUAUUUAGUAUAUAUUUCUGUGUUAUUAACAGUUUAAAUUUCAUUUUUCAGAGCUCAAAGAUGGUUUGAUUGAAUUCUACAAGACAAGACACAGUAAAGUUUUCCUGUCGCCCCUUUUCGAAGAAAAUGACACGCCUUUGGCUUCUUUCUACAUAAGACCUGAAUUGACACAUGUCAGGUCAUUAUUGGAGAUAUUUAAAACUGGAAAUCAAGCUAACCGAGAAAUACAUGUAAUUGCUGAUGCUGGUCUCGGAAAAACUGCAUUUUCAAACUAUCUUGCGAUCACGUGGUGUCAAGCUCAUUUUCCAGAUGAAGACAUUACUCAAUCAUUUAAAAAGGACGAUAUAGACUGUAUACAGGGAUUUGAUUUCUUAUUUUUGGUCUUACUGCGAGAUUCUAAUGAUUUAUGUUCUAUAGAUGAUCUCAUAUUUAAAAAUAUUGUUUCAAAUUUGGGUCUAGAAGAAAAGCCUUCAGAGGAUUUUCUCCUUAAAAUUUUGAAAAAUGAGAAAUGCCUCGUUAUUCUUGAUGGACUAGAUGAAUGGAUCCACCCCGAAAAGGAAUGUCACAGAUCGCCGAAAUCAAUCCCCCAUAGGAAUGACCGAGAAAAGUGUACAAUACUGACCACUACGCGACCAUGGAAAUUAGGAGUUUUGAACCUAAAUUCGUGUCAAAUAGGAAAAAAGGUAGAACUUACAAAACUAAGUUACGACUCAGCAGUUACACUUACAGAAAGGAUAUUACAAAGAUUGAAAUCUCACCCGAAUAAAGGUGCAUUACAACGUGAUGUCACAGAGUUCAUAUCAGGAAUCAAAAGCAGAGAAAACGAUGAACUUACUUCUGUGCCUCUACUUUUGAUAUAUACAAUUUGUUUAUGGUGUGACGGUGUUCAAAUAGGUAAUUCAAAAUGUGAACUCUAUAUAAACAUAGUAGAGCUGCUCUUAUCAAGAACGAUUCAGAAGCAUGGAGAUCUCCAACAAUUUUGUGUCAUUUCUGAUGAUAGUGAUAUCCCAGAAUGCCUGGCUGAAUAUGAAAACAGUACGAAAUACUAUCCACUCCUGACGUGUUUAGGUAAAUUGGCCUAUAAUACGUUAAUCAAUAAAACAAGAGAAAACACGCUCGUAUUUGAUGGAUCAGUUGCUAGAAAAUAUUUCACACCAGACGAGAUGAAAUUCAUCCUUCACUCAGGAAUGUUGUCAGAAAGUACAACAAAAACACUAACAAAAAAGUUUAGUAAAGUGUCAUUUUCCCACAAAACAGUGCAGGAAUUCUUUGCCGCCAUAUUUAUAAGUUCUCAAAGUGACGCUCAGAAAACUGUUGUAGAAAAAUGUAGAAAUGUUCAAGAUAUUCUGGACAUGUCAAAAAUUUGUGAAUUUAUAAGUGGAAUGAAUGCUGACCGGAUGUGUGAAAUAUCAAAUGAUUUGAUGUCUGUGAUAAAUGAAGACGAGAAAACACGCCACUAUAGAACUAGGACAGGUCUCGAGGACAGGUACAAUAAUCCAUUGUAUAACAUACAGAAAAUGUUCAUGUCGUGUUUACAAGAAAUGCCUGAAAGUGAAAAUAUUCAAUUAUGUUUACAAGAUUUCUUCAUUGACGGGCGCACCAAGCACAGUAAGCUGUUACAACGUUUAUUAAAACAAAAUAAAACCAACAUAAAAUCACUUAAUAUAGACAUCAGCCGUACUUCCAGCAGUUUACGUGAAAUUAUAGAUUUAUUCUCUCUCACAAAUCUCAGUCAUAUACAGAAACUUUACUAUAAUGGUGACUGGAAGGAGGCUGAGACACCCCGGAUAUUGUUUCCCAGUUUACAGUGCGUUACUUUGCGGUAUGGUACAUGGACAAAUGAUGAAGAAAAUCUGAGUGAAAAUUUAGCGCGAGUACAAAACUUACAAUAUUUACAUAUUGAACAGUUCACGUUAUCUCACAAAAUACUGGAAACAUUUUACAAUUUUAUCUCCGCUCAAAAAUCAAUGAAAGAGUUAACAUUGGUGGGGUUAUACUGUAAAGAACACAAGUACCGCCGCCAUGAUUGUCAGAGAUUGAACUUGGACUUGUCUCAACAUUCAACUCUAUCAGAGUUACACUUGUUUGAUUUACCUGGGAGACUACAAUUAAAUAUAUCAACACCGUCAUUAGUUAAUGUUACGUUGUGGGACAUCAAUCUAGAUGAUGAAAGUUCAUUGUUACUGUCACGUGACAUGUUGAAUAUUGAACGUGUGAAGUUGGAGUAUAUAGAAAUGUCUGCAGAAAGUUUACAGAACUUUAUUAUCGUGCUGAAAAAUCUGCCGCAGUCAGUUACAGUACAGAUGGGAUACAUUACACCGGAAACAGAAUAUAGACGGGUUAGAGAAAAUAUUCGGAGUUCACAAACUUUUCAUGUGAUACAAGGCGACGACUGGCGGUGUGGGAUUGAGUUCAAAACAAUAUAACCAAGUAAAGAAUAAACAAAGGAAAAACAUUGUAAAAUAAACUAAUGAAAUAACUUCAAUGAUUUUAAUUAUAAAAACAAUUUAAAUAUGGACACUUAAAAAACAAAAUGGCGGUUUCUUCUAUGUUAUACAUGUACUGUAUAGUUUGGUCAUUUAAUUCACAAACAUUUAUUUCUGUUUAAAGUUUAAUUAAGUGACAGUUGUUUAUAAAUAAAUAAAUAAAAACAUUUUAAGAGGAGAAAUAAUUCAAGGAAUUUUUUGUUUACCGGAACUUAAUGGAUAACUUGGAAUAAGGAUUUGGAAAUAUUUUACAGUGGCCUAAUGGAUCAAAAUUUCCGAUUCUUUGUUGUGCAGAAUCUCCCAUGACAUUUUACAUGGAGCAUUGUGUGAUGAUUAUAGAUCAAUUUGUAGAUUUGUAUUUGAAAAACUUCCCAUUGUCUUGAAUUUCAGCAAUAAUAAACCUACAGAGACAAUGAGGACAAUCACAACUGUUCGGCUUUUUAUCCAUCAAUUCCGGAUGAUUAUCAGUGGGAUGUUCUGAAUGACAAAGAAAGAUGUUCAAGUUCUUCAAUAGUUCGAUAUUAUGAUUUCACACCUAAUACAUGGCUGUAUAGUGACAGAUGUGGAUUUAAUUUGUGAUUAACAGCAGCAGAAAAAUCCCCCAACCAUCAUUACUUGCCAAUGCAAUGAAAAACAUUCUGGUUCCUGGCUGAAUGGAAACAAAAUAGAAUUUUUUUGCAUCAAACAGAUAUCUGUUUUGUACAAUUAGAAUUUGAAUCUCAAAGGACAAUUACAUCAAGACCACUGUCAAAUAUUUCAGUAUUCCUUUAAAUAAACUUUUAUGUUAAAAAGAUCAUUGAAAUAAUUGGAUUUAAUUAGAUAUACAGUACAUGUAUAAGUCUGUUUCUGCAAUUUAAGACUGAUAUUAUAUAUCAGGAAUUGUUAAAUUAUUUUUUAUUGAAGGCCUGUUACACUUUAGAAUUUCUAUCAGUUUUAUUUCAUUUUUUCAAUACUUUUUAGCUCACCUGAGCAUGCUCAGGGUGAGCUUUUAGGAUCGAUGAUUGUCCGUCGUCCGUCCGUCCGUCGUCCGUUUACAUUUAGUUGUUAACACUCUAGCGGUCGCAUUUUUGCCUCAAUCAUCAUCAAACUUGGUCAGGAUGCUUAUCUAGUUGAUAGCUCAGAUGAGUUUGAACAUGGGUCAUCUCGGAUGAGAAACUAGGUCACAAGAGCUAAAAAUAGAAAAACCUUGUUAACACUCUAGCUGUCACAUUUUUGCAUCAAUUGUCAUCAAACUUGGUCAGGAUGCUUAUCUAGUUGAUAGCUCGGAUGAGUUCGAACAUGGGUUAUCUCGGAUGAAAAACUAGGUCACAAGAGCUAAAAAUAGAAAAACCUUGUUAACACUUCAGCGGUCACAUUUUUGCAUCAAUCAUCAUCAAACUUGGUCAGGAUGCUUAUCUAGUUGAUAGCUCGGAUGAGUUCAAACAUGGGUCAUCUCGGAUGAAAAAGUAGGUCACAAGAGCUAAAAAUAGAAAAACCUUGUUAACACUCUAGCUGUCACAUUUUUUCAUCUAUCAUCAUCAAACUUGGUCAGGAUGCUUAUCUAGUUGAUAGCUCGGAUGAGUUCGAACAUGGGUUAUCUCGGAUGAAAAACUAGGUCACAAGAGCUAAAAAUAGAAAAACCUUGUUAACACUUCAGCGGUCACAUUUUUGCAUCAAUCAUCAUCAAACUUGGUCAGGAUGCUUAUCUAGUUGAUAGCUCGGAUGAGUUCAAACAUGGGUCAUCUCGGAUGAAAAAGUAGGUCACCGGAACUAAAAAUAGAAAAACCUUGUUAACACUCUAGCGGUCACAUUUUUGCAUCAAUUGUCAUCAAACUUGGUCAGAAAACUUGUCUAGGUCAUUGCUGGGAAUAAAUCGAACAUGUGUCAUCUCGGAUGAAAAACUAGGUCACAGGAGCUCAAAAUAGAAAAACCUUGUUAACACUCUAGUGGCUACUGUUGUAAUCCAAAUGUUCUGUUAAUUGGUUUGUUUUGAUGAUUUCUAAGUCAAGAUCGAACAUGCGUUAUCUUGGAUGAAAAACUAUGUCACACUGCCAAAAUAUGGAAAAACCUUGUUAACAUUAUAGUGGUCACAUUUUUGACUCAAUUAUCAUCAAACUUGGUCAGGAUGCUUGUCUAAGUAAUUGCUUGGAUGAGUUUGAAAUUGCAUGUGAAACUAGGUCACCGGAGCUAAAAAUAGAAAAAUCUUGUUAACACUCUAGUUGCUGCUGUUUUGAUCCAAGUAUCCUGGAAAUUGGUCUGAAAGUUUUGUUUUGAUGAUUUCUAGGUCAAGUUUUGAAUAUGUGUCACCUGGGUAAAAAACUAGGUCGCACUGCUCAAAUAUGGAUAAUCCUUGUUAACACUGUAGUGGUCACAUUUUUUGACUCACCUGUCAUGAGACUUGGUCAGAAUGCUUGUCUAGGUAAUUGUUUGGAUGAGUUUGAUAAGUCAGGUGAGCGAUCUAGGGCCAUCAUGGCCCUCUUGUUAUUUUGUUAUUGUGCUACAGUUUCCAAAAAUAAAUUAUUUUGCCAAUUAUACAUUAAUUUCUCUAAUGCUGAUUUGUUAUGUUGGCAAUUGCUAUAAUUUAAGUUAAUUAAUAUUAGUAUGGAAGUCAAAAUUCAGUGCUAUAUUUUUCACUUGUUAAACAUCUAACAUGCCCUUAAACCAUUAUCAAAACAUUUUUGUUAGAAAAUGCUUGAACUUGCUUGAAUUUGCUAGAGACUAUCUAUUUUCUUAGGUAUAAUGUGCCUUGUUUAGUAUAGCGUAUUGUUUGUUAGUCAGCAUUAAGGGAAUUUCGUCGCUCUGGUCUGGCACAACCAAGUGACAGAUUUAGUAUUGACAAAUUUAGUAUCGGUUUAAAGGCUGUAGUUGUUGUCAGCAUAAGGAAACUACAUUAAAUUUUGUUCUGUGUUGAUAAAAUGAACUUAAAUUCAAAAUAUACCACUAUAUUUGUAACACAAAAAAUUACCAUAUUAUAUAGAGGAUAUUUGUUUGUUUUGCAUGUAAAAUUGAAAUAUAUUUCACUGAGUUAACAACAGUUGCAAUAUUUUCAUGAGUGGCGUAAAAGCCACGAGUGAAAAUAUAAUAGCUGGUGUUCACGAAUGAAAUAUAUUUCAAUCUUAUAUGUAAAACAAAUAAUUUUUUUUUCAUGCUUUUUAAGUGAUGUUUAGUAUUUUUUACUGAUUUUGCCACAUAAUGUUGCACAUUCUCCUUUAUGACGUCAUAAUAUCAUGACGUCACAUCAUCAAUUUUGAAAUAUAGUUCUGUUAAAUUUCUCUAAUUUUGUUACAUUUUUAAAAAGAUGUACAACUUCCUUUUCCAAAAGAAGCAAAAUUACGUAUGAGUUACUGCAUUUAUUUUUGCCCCUUAUUCCAGUUAGUUAUAAUAUUCUUUUCAUCCGCAUUCAAAUAUAGUCCGGCUUCAGUGAAAAUUAUAUUUUAUAAAUUUCACUUGUGGUUUAUCAGAAUACAAUUAUCUGAUAUAUUACAGUAAACUCUGGAAAGCAUGAAAUAAAAAAAAAACAAUAUAUAAUUUAAACCACGUAUUCUAGUAUUAUAUGUAUUACAAAUGUAUAGUUUUGUAAAUAGUUUUUGAAGUGUGUAUGAUAUUUACAUAUUUUGUAACAGUUUCGCUCUUCUUUUUAAUAAUUCAGUUUUCUGAACAAAUGUUCACAUAACAUUUUUUUUUAUUUUGGCGAUACACGGAAAUUAUGUAUAUGAAGAUACAUUAUGAUUCUGACAGGUUAAAUUGCCCAAUAUUACAAACUUUAAGUAUGUAACCAAAGUCACAAGGUGUUGGUUAUAUAACGAGCAACAUUUCAUGCAUGGCCAUAUAUAACAUUUCAUAAGUCUUUAUAACCAAAUUUUGAUAUUGUUCUCAUGCUCUCUUUGCUUCGAAACAUUAAAUGAUAAUUUGCAGUGUAUAUUCUUAGUUAUAAAGAUUCUGAAUUUGUUAUGGCUGUUGGCAUAUAUAACCCGAGCUGCUAGGUGAGGAUUAUAUUGCUUACAACUGUUUAUAUAUGGCCAUAUUACCUGUGAAGAAUCUGAUAAUGAAUUUACAAUGGAGCAAAAUUCCUUCAUGACAGAAAAAUAAAGAAUUUAUAAAUUGACAGAGAGGUGUAUAUAUAAUUUAUAAAUGUCAUGAUUAACCCAUGAAAAGUGUAUGAUUUAUCUUAUUUGUAAAUAAUCAUUGUUUGGAGUGAUAUCACUUUAAAGCUGCAUGCCUCAUAGAUAAGGACUACGAUAGAAUAUUGUACAUUUUGGAGAUAAAUUUGAUAACAAUGUUGGCAGGCUUGAGUAUUUUAAUGACAAUACAGAGUACACUUCUGAACAAUAGCAUUCGCAAUAUCAAAUUGCACAUUUUUUCUAAACUGUCAAUAUAUAUUUAUAAUGGAUAGAUAUGAUACGAAUCAUCUAAGCAUGCUUUCAAACAGCAUGCCUCCUGAUUCUGUGAAAAUUUGGAAGAUGUAUUGAAAAGUAAAAUAUUUUGAAGUGAAAAAAGAAAGUAAUUGAAUACAUUGCAAACGAUGCUUACAAUUUCAUAUAAUUCACAUAAAUUACCAAAAAGAAGUGAAAAUAUGUUGUUUAUAUACCCCUUUCUAUGUUAGUAUAGGGAUGUUUUCAUUAUUUAAAUUAGUCAUUAAUCUUACAAAACAUGUAAAU